UUGUCUGGUAUGACAUGGCCCUCAGAGUUCAAACCAAAUCAUUACUUAUAUCUGGCACUGCUACGGAAAAUAUUAGCUGGUGCAUGAUGAAUAAACGCUGCCAAAAACUGCAUUUUAGAAAAGAGAAACACAGGGAAUGCACACACAUUUUAAUGCCGCACAUUAAAUACCACAAUCAAUUCACGUUUGGAAAUGGUUAUUAUUGUUCAGUCGGAAAGAGCGCUUCACAAAACGACGGCGCCACUUGGUAAGCUUUUGUGUGUCCUCAUUCUCCGAUGUGUUGCGCCCAACGCGCCUUCGCUUAUUUUUUGCCACCUCAUUCUCCCUUCAACUGGUGCCCUGGUACGCAAUAACCUCAUUCAUUCCUUUGAAUGCCAUGCAAAUUCAAGUGGAAGAGUUCUGAAGCUCACUUAACCUAACUUUUUUUCUUGUCUUUUCCUGGUUUCGUUUUGGAUUACCUAAUUAUGGUUUAUUAUUCUGAAUCCUCCAUUCUGGCAAUCACUCAACUAUUCAUUAUGUGGGUCUUCGCUGAUGGCCCUGUUCAAUUAGAGGUGGCUGCUACAAAGCGUCGGAGUCAGUGAAUAGCAGGAGCGAUUGGGCGUGGUGCAGUUGCUUGAGCGAUUUCCCAGGCCCUGGACUCGGAUACCUCGGUUGACACAGGCCGACCUGGAUAUCAUUGAGAGAUGCGGUUUGACGUCCCUGUUGGAUAUGCCUCGGUUCACUGUAAACCGGGGGCUACUUACAACGCUCGCAAAGAGGUGGCACAGCGACACGAACACCUUCCAUUUUGCCACAGGCGAGAUGACAGUCACACCAGAGGACUGUUACAGGAUUCUGCGCAUACCAGUAGUAAGUGCACUACUACCAUAUGAGCAGUCGGAGGAGGGUGGCACAGAGGCACUUCGUCGUAUUUUUCACGAUGAGACAGUAUGCGGAUACGAGAUCCCAUGGCAGGAGUUCCUAGACCUAGAUUAUGCACCACUUCCAUCAGUACUGGCAGGUUUUAUCGGUGGAUUCCUUUGUCCUGAUCGCAGGUCAAAGGGAUUCUCUAUGGGAUGGGGGCUGGUGUUAGAGGACAUGGUUACACAGGGCCGCAGGUUCGCGUGGGGAUCGGCUAUGCUAGCCCAUCUGUACAGGGACCUGCACGAGGUGGUAUACCUAGGUUACGGCAGUUUGUCAGCUGGCGUGACGCUCUUACAGGUAUGGUGCUGGGAGCAUAUUCCGGCUGCUAGGCCAUUAGCAGACAGAGAUAGGCCCAUUGGACGUGCCUAUGCUUAUGGAUACAGGGGUCUAGUUGUCCAGUAGAAGCUAGGCAAACUAGAGCAUUGGAGGAGAGUUUUGGAUGACAUCGAUACGGUCACAUGGCGACCGUAUACAGGGUGUGAGGUGUGGGCGGAGGACGGGCUGGAGAUGCCCUACGUGUUUUUGACGAGAUACCUGAUUGGGAGGACCUCAUUUGUUAUUGAGAGGUUUGUGGUGACCAGAGUUUUGCGACAGUUUGGUCGACAGCAGGGUAUACCUCAGGGGGCCUAUUUAUAUGCACGGCGGAGGCAUGACAUAUUAGAUUGGGGCUCGACCAUUGAUAGUGCGGUGGCGGUGGAGGAAUUUGUCGGUUUGGCGGGCCAGAUAUGGGAUUAUGCCUCGGAGAUUUUGGAUGCAAGCAUGAUUGAUGAGUUUGAGAGAUUGUUUGCUGCGCGGGCAGUGGCGAAGAUUUCAAAUCCAGAGGAGAUGCGGUCGGCUUUUGAUGAUGAUGAUGAUGAUGAUGAGGGAGAUGGAGAUGGUGGAGGAGGACGACGAGGGAGAGGAGUUAGAGGGAGGAGGGGAGAUAGAGGGAGG